UGGGUGUGGCCAGCAGUGGUACCACAACGCCUGGGUGUGCCUCUGAAUCCAAAAGCCACAUUGACUAUCUAGUGAUGAUCUGUUCCCGCAUCAGAGAGGAGGCGGGCGUGACCGUCAGCGGGUCAUAUGAGCGUCAUCAGCCGCUCAUGCGCUUCACAGCAGCGGGGACACACGGAGCACCAUGUCGGCGCUGGAUAACUGCGCUCUGCCGGGGUGAACAGGAGGAUGUAACCCGCUGGAAGCCUGCGGUCAGCCCCAUAGGAACAGGUCCAACUCCUGGUUCUGGUUCUGGUGUCUUCAGAACUCCUGUCUGGCCUCUUGGUGUCCAACCCCUUACAUCCCACAUCACUGCAGCCAUGAUGUCCAAGUCCGUUCUGCUGAAGGUCAUCCUCCUGGGCGACGGCGGCGUUGGCAAGUCGUCCCUCAUGAACCGCUACGUCACCAACAAGUUCGACUCGCACCUCUUCCACACGAUAGGCGUGGAGUUCCUCAACAGAGAGCUGGAGGUGGACGGGCGACGGGUCACCCUGCAGAUCUGGGACACGGCGGGACAGGAGCGCUUCCGCAGCCUCCGCACGCCCUUCUACCGCGGCUCCGACUGCUGCCUCCUCACCUUCAGUCUGGACGAUGGACAGAGUUUCCAGAACCUCUCCAACUGGAAGAAGGAGUUCGCCUACUACGCUGACGUCAAGGACCCCGACAGCUUCCCUUUUGUGGUCCUGGGCAACAAACUGGAUGUCCCCGAACGCCAGGUGUCUGGGGAGGAAGCCCGCAGGUGGUGCCGGGAAAACGGAGGGCACCCGUACUUCGAAACGAGCGCCAAAGACGCGACAAAUGUAACGUCGGCCUUUGAGGAGGCGGUGCGUCGCAUUCUGGUGUCUGAAGAUAGAGACGAUCACCUGAUUCAGACUGACACAGUGAACCUGCAGAAGAAGCCUCACCCUGAGCCCAGCUGCUGUUAACCUGAGGGACUCCGGGGUUUUGGUUGGGCCUUUUCACUGAUGCCACUGUACAGUUCUGCAUGCUACUAUUUAUGGUUAAACCUGGAUCAACAUUUUAAUGUCAAGUUUUAGCUCAACAAUCAAAACUACACUACGUUUGGUUCACAUCUACUGAGGUUAUCUCUUCUGUUUGUAUCAGGGAAGCGACUAAGACCAAAACAACUGUGAUUAAAAUAUGUUGAUGCCUACAAAAACA